UGUCAUGUGUAGCCUGGAUCAGUUGGUAAACAUUCGCUUGUGUAACAAAGAUAAGGCUGAAACUAUGCGACCAUUUCAUAACCAUAAAAGAGAAUGAUACUUUUUUGAUAAUUUUCAGAACUAGUUAACUUUAUAGAUAAACGGAAAUUUAAAAAGAAAGCCUAUGAUUUACUUUACAGCAAAAUUUUAAAUUAUUUAAAUUCUAGAAUCUAGAUCGGCAGGUGCAGAUGGACUUGUUGACAUGUCGAAUAUUUUGAAAUGAUUUAAAACUCGGAACGUUUUCUUAUAAAGUCAUUAAAUAAAAUAACGUGUUAAGGACUUAUUUAAAAAAAAUAUCUGGAGGCAAAAGCUAGAUCUAAUCACCAAUAAAAAGAUAUCGAUAAAGCUAAAAAAAAAACGAUUCGUCACCCACCAGCCUACAUCUUUUAAAUGAAAAAGUAGGUCAGCAGCACGUGACGGCUCUUGAAAAAGUGUAACUCGGUUAGCAUUGGUUGUUUCCGAGUUACGUUAGUUACACAAUCGACACCGUUUUAAAAAAUCUACUUCGGCGUACAAACCUGUUUUGCCUGAAAUUAUAUUGUGUGUUGUUGAGCUUGAAGGGACAAACAUGCAGUCAUUUAUUGAUUAUGUGACACAGCAGUAGAUCUAGCAGACGACUUGUUUGUCAGACAGACCAAAAAAAUGGAUUUAGAAAAGAGUAUCCAGGACGAGUCAGUCCCACUGUUGCCUAAACGUAACCAUGGCAACAAACCGGAAUUUUCUAUCAUCAAGGCGAGGAUUACAUCAGUGGUCAUACCAGUGUUGUCCUUGUCUGCCGCCAGUGCCAGGGACGUCCUGAUGGCCCAGUACCUGGUCAAGAGGUUGUCCGAGGAAAAGGGUUUAGUUGUCAACUCAACAGACAGCAACCCGUGUGGCGCCGCAGUCAACGACAGCAACCAAAUGGAUGCCAACAUCGUACAGGCUGAGGCCUCUGAAAUGCUGACCUACUUAAGCUGGACUCUUUGUGUCCCAGCAUUCGUCACGUGUUUGAUGAUUGGGUCAUACUCAGACUUUCUGGGUCGUCGUCUGCUGCUUCUACUUCCGGUCGUGACAAAUCUUCUCAGGACGGCGGUCACUACUGCUGUUAUAAAAUUUAACCUUGACCUUCGUUACACCUACAUCGCCUACGCCAUUGACGGUGUGGGAGGCUCCUGGUUCGCCAUGCUGCUGGGGCUCUUCGCCCAAACGGCCGACGUCACCACGGACAAAAGCGAUAGAACAUUCUGGAUUUAUCUGAUCGGCUGCUCCACCAUUAUAUUCAACGCAGGCGCCAACGUGGCCGCCGGCUACCUUAUCAUAUACCUCGACUUUUUCUACGCCUGCUUACCUCUUCUGGGUAUGGCAUUUGCUGCUUUUAUAAUCCUGCUGUUCAUAAUCCAAGAAACUUUACCCGUACAUCGGCGGCCAAAGGGCAAAGGUCGGAAUCCUUGCGUACACCUGAGAAGGAUCGUUUCCUUUUACCUGCUGGACGGGAGCUUACGUAAACGGUUCGUGUUCAACCUGUGUCUGCUGCUCUUUGUAUUUGGCGUGGCCAACGACUUGAAUAUCGGCAACUUGGAUGCGCUGUACCAACUUGGCAAGCCUUUCUGUUGGAGUGCUGAUGAUAUUGGGAACUACAACGCUAUUCGAUUGGCUGGGACUGCGUUUUUUGGCGCCUUGCUGCUAAAGCUGCUUCAGAUGUGCUUCAGCAACGAGGCGGUCGGCAUGUUCGGGAUUUUGUCUCAGGGUGCGGGGUUUACUUUUGAAGCUUUCAUCAAGGUGCCAUGGCACUUUUAUCUAGUUCCCAUUUUCCUGACCCCUACAUCACCAUUUUCGGCCAUCGUCCGCACCAUGCUGUCAGCACUCGCAGGCCCAGACAAGCAGGGCGCCAUGUUCUCCAGUAUCGCUGUAGUUGAGACCCUGUGUCAGCUGGUGUCCACGACCAUCUACAACAAGAUCUACGCGCUGACCGUUAGCUUCAUGCCUGGUGCUGUCUAUCUGGUCAUGGCUGGCUGCAGUUGGCUGACGUUCCUUCUGUUUGGGGUUUAUUUCUUAGUUCGAGAAAAACCACAGACACAGCUUGUUGUUAUUGUCGAGCCAGAGGAACAUCCUUCAAUCAACGCUGAUAAAGAUCCCGCUUCAUCUGGUCAAAUAGAUAUUUAACAAAGGAGCAGAAAAUAUUGGAAUUUUUCGAAAAAUAUUAUUUUAAAAAUUUGGUUAAAAAAUUAAAUAAGAAUCGUAUUGUUUAGAGAAAAGUUUGUGAUGUUUCUGAUAUAAGUUGAAUUACACUAUAUAUAUAUAUAUAUAUAUAUAUAUAUAUAUAUAUAUAUAUAUAUAUAUAUAUAUAUAUAUAUAUACAGGAAGUACAAAAAUGUACUUUGGGUUUGAAAGUAACAGAUUAAAAUGAUCUAUUUUAAGAUAGUUAUAAAAUUUAUUUUAACAAAAUGCUUGACACUCUAUAAUUGUGCUUCUAUAUAGUGAUAGCAAUUAACCCUGUUAUUUUAAAUACAUUCCACAACUCACUGUGAUCAAGUGUGUAAAUAUUGAUAUGUUUAUUUUCCUUGUACGCCUUUUUACAAAAGAAAUGUUUCACUGCUGUGUAAAUAAUUAGUAAAUGUUGUAAAGGGUGGCAGUGAAGUAAAUACAACUAUUUAUCGGUUAAAUAUGAUGUUUAUUGUUGAUGUUCAUUAAUCAAAUUCUAAAAAUCCAAAACUGUUAAUUAGAUUUUUUAUUAAGCUGUGGCAUUCUACUAUUUUGGCAUUAAUUUGCCUUAAAUAACAGUCUCUGUUUUUGAAAUGAUUAAGUCAACUGUUUACUUACAUGUAUUUAGUUAAAACAAGGCAUUUUAUAUGAUGAAUUUUACAUACUUGUCUGAUUGUGUUAUAAAAUCUAUACAUUUUGAAGGGCAUUAAAAGGGGAUGGUGUGGCCGAACAGUAGAGCACUAGACUGCUAACCCGAAAGUCUGGAGUUCAAAUCUGGGUUCUAGUCAGUGUAACAUCCCUGAUCCACCCAGCUCUGAUGGGUACCUAACUAAUGUUAGGAAAAGUAAAGGCAGCUGGUCAUUAUCCCUUACAUGCUGAGGUCAAGAAACAUGUGAACUCUACUUCAUCUGCUCAAUUGACCGUUAGAUCUAAAUAGGAAUCUUUAUAGAAAGAAAAGGCAUCUCUGGUCUUGCAGAAGAUCUUCUCUCUUACCUGUUUAUUUUUCUAAUUCAGUUCUUGUUUUGUUGUGUCUUAAAAAUAAAUAUUCAAGAACUUUCAGAAUCCGGUGAUGCAUUGCUUUUUGUUUCUUAAAAUGGGUACUUUUAUCAUUUUAUUAUUUUACAGAAGGCAUCAUGAUGAGAAUCAUUGCUGAUGUUAAAUACUGGUAGAUUUAUUCUUGUUUAUUAUUAGAGAUUCUUACUGAUAUGAUUUUAAUCUGGUUUAA